UCCUCUAGUGUCGAGUGACUCCGUGUUUUUCGAUAAAGGUGAAUUAGUGCUUGGCUUGCUUGUACCAACAAAACAGGGUUUUCCACACGAAAUGGGAGGGUCGAGGACGUCUGCAAGGAUCGACUGCAUUCCUGCGGCAUGACGACUGGCUUUCAAAAGAGUCUUCUGGGUCUUAGUAUCUUCAUGACCAUCGUCCUGGUUGCCGUUUUGACCAGUAAAAAGUUCACUUUGGAAGCCCGGCGGAAUGCCCUGCUACUGGAGAUGGUAGCAAACAUCAGCACCGACCUGGAUAAACUGGACGACGGCUUAGACAUCAUCGCGUCAAGAACGGAAGUGGCCAAGGGUCAGCUCCGAAAGCUCGCGAUUUUACAUAGAGACAAUCUGAUGAUAUGCGCCCUUCUUCACGAAAAACAUGAGAAGAAUGCCGAUCACUCGUACGAUAACGAAAAUUCUUAUCUGCAUAUUCUACGGUCAAUCACGAAGCCAUGGAAAGACUAGCUUCUGUUUAAGAAGCAAUACAAGUUCCCCGAAACUUUGGAAGCGUUGCUCACUUACAUACGUAUAAUCAUCCUGACUUUGUCGUACAAAUCAUCUUACAAAAUGCGAUGAGACGAAAUCGAUUUGAUAUUUUCAGCAAACAAUCCAAGGAAAAUGAUAAAAUACUAUUUUACAUAUCUGGGUAUAUGUUUAAAAAAUUCAAGUUAAGUUACUUGGACUUGUUUUAAUCUUGCCUGACAAGUCGAGAAUACGAACUCUGCGCCUGGCGACCGUCAAGAUGCAACCCGAGUGGCACAUCUUUUGCUGUCACCGAAGCCACACGGUCUUGGUCUUGGUCAAGGCUGUUGACCAUCACUGAGAGAGAUAGUGAAAAAAUAAAGAAGAACAGACGCAGGGAACGAGUGAGUG